UGGCCCGAAAGAAAGGUGAACCUGUCUGCUGCUUCGACUGCAUCCCUUGUUCAGAAGGAGAAAUUAGCAAUGAAACUGGUUUGUUUGAAAUAAAUAUAUUCAUACAAUGCACGUCUCUAGUCAAAAUAAAUGACCAAAGCCAAUAUUUACUUGUUGUUCUGAAUACAUUCCUGUUUGUUAGAUUCAACCGAAUGUACCAGCUGUCCAGGGAAUUUUUGGUCCAACCUCCAACGUAAUCACUGCGUCCCGAAAAGUAUGGAAUUCCUUUCCUAUGUGGAACCCCUGGGAAUCUCCUUGACCACUGCCUCAUUAUUUGGUGCACUUUUAUGCACCAUUGUUUUGGGAAUCUUCACCCAUCAUCGUACCACGCCAGUGGUUAGGGCCAACAACUCAGAGCUUAGCUUCCUCAUUCUGCUGUCACUCAAACUAUGCUUCUUGUGCUCCUUGUUUUUCAUUGGUCAACCAAGGCUCUGGACUUGUCAAUUGAGGCAUGCAGCCUUUGGGAUCAGCUUUGUUCUGUGUGUCUCAUGUAUCCUGGUGAAGACCAUGGUCGUUCUGGCAGUAUUCAAGGCCUCCAAACCAGGUGGUGGCGGUAGUCUGAAGUGGUUUGGGGUAAUGCAACAGAGAGGGACUGUUGUAUUUCUGACUUUAAUACAAGCAGCAGUUUGUACAACAUGGCUUGUGUCUUCCUCACCAGCCCCUCAUGAAAACAAAGGUUACUACAAUGAUAGGAUAGUGGUUGAGUGUGUAGUGGGGUCCACAGUAGGAUUUGGAGUAUUACUGGGCUAUAUUGGCUUACUGGCUGUUCUCAGUUUCUUGCUGGCAUUCUUGGCACGAAAUCUACCAGAUAACUUCAAUGAAGCCAAGUUUAUCACCUUCAGCACGCUGGUCUUCUGUGCUGUUUGGAUAGCCUUUAUCCCCGCUUAUAUCAACUCCCCUGGAAAAUAUGCCGAUGCUGUGGAGGUAUUUGCCAUUCUAUCUUCUAGUUUUGGCCUGUUACUUGCCUUAUUUGGACCAAAGUGUUAUAUAAUUCUCCUUAAGCCUGAGAAAAACACAAAAAAGGCUUUAAUGGGACGAGUCACACCAAGAUCAUAGAAAAAGUGCAAUUAAUUGUUGUCCUUUGUUGUUUUUUAAUUAAUUGAUUUAGUCAGUGAGUUUGUCAAUCA